AUGUGGUCAACACGCUUCACGACUGCCCCACCUACAUCUACUUCAGCAUCCUCGAAUGGCACACGCCGCCCUCCAUACCUUGAUACAGCUGCAAACCAAUCUCACAGGCCGCCUUUCAAUUCGCGAUCUUCCUCUCUGAAUGUCUUAGCAAAAGGCAAUACCUCAACUUCAAGUUUGAGUUCUGCGCGCUUCGCCUCCGGCAGUGGUUUGAAACAGGAGAUUACAGCUGCGCCUAAUGCCAAAGAUCCACCUCUAGUUUUACACGAGAUCGUCCGAGGCUCUACCGGGCACGAGGUACAUUCCUGGCAAAGUAGGCUUGCUGAGCGUCCAGAUGGUCUAGUGGUGAAUGUAGACUUUGGAUCUGUCACCUUAGAGCACUUCUACUCUGAUCUCUCAAGGGAGAAAUCCGAACCGCAAGAAGGUGAAGGAAGUUUAGCACAUACAGAUAGAGAAUGUGAGUGCAGUUGCGAUUCUGUCUUGAGAUCGAUUGAGCUUUCUCUAGCAAGCUUUCAGAAGGACUUAGGCAAUGUCUCUACAGAUAUUGAAACCCUUCAGAGCAGGUCUACCACUUUGACCGAGCAAUUGGCCAAUCGUCAAAAUGUUGAAAAAUUGCUUGGGCCCGCAGUUGAGGAAGCAUCUAUACCGCCCUCAACUAUAAAGAAGCUUUCUGAAGGUGACAUCGAUAAAGAUUGGAUUGCUGCGUUAGCGAUUUUGGACAAUCGAUUGAAUAAUAUCGAUCACCUUUUGAGGGACUCGAGUGAAGACCUGGUAGCAUCUGAUCUCAAGCCACUUCUUGAUAACUUGACGAACAUUGUCAGCAAGUUCGACCUCAAUGCCCUCGAUCGUAUACGAAACUUCUUCGUCUCGCAGAUUCGAGCCCUCCGAUCAACAAAUAUAAACGCCCAAGUGAUACAACAACGUGCUUUCUUGUCUUACAAGGAGCUUUUUGCUUUCUUACAUAGCCAUCACCACCAACUAGCAGAUGAGAUCACUCAGGCUUAUGGCUACACCAUGCGUUGGUACUAUCUUAGCAACUUCACCCGAUAUAUGCAGGCCAUGCAGAAAAUACCCACUUAUGCUAUUGAUAAGUCUGAUGCUCUGGGAGCGGAGCAAUCACUUCCAAGAGGUCCGGUCACGGGCUCAACGAACCCACCCAAAGCGCCUAAUGCCCUAUCAGUAGGUCGUCGAUCGAACAUCUUGAACCGUCUUGAUGACGCGGUGUUGCCGUUUCACGUUGCCGCUGAAGCCAAAUCACCGGCGUAUAUAGAGUCGCCCUUUCACGCUUUUACUGCUGCAAUAUCUGACAACGCAUCUGCAGAAUACAUGUUUCUCACUUCAUUCUUCCCUUCAUUGUCAUUUUCCGCUCUCUCUCGGACAUUCUCCAGCAUUUUUGGUCCAACGUUCGACCUCAGCUACUCUUUCACAAAGCAACUCGUGAGCGAAUCUUUCGACUGCCUAGGUCUACUGCUCUGCGUCCGCAUAACUCAACACUUUGCCUUCUCUCUUCAGCGCCGGAGAUGUCCCGUCGCAGAGGGAUGGAUUAAUGGAACGAAUAUGCUCUUGUGGCCGAGGUUCCAGCUGGGCAUGGAUAUACAAAUCGAUUCCGUCAAGCGAGCUACAAGUAGCCUUUCAAGCACGAGGCCCACAUUAUCCCUAUCCCUAAACAAAGUGGAUGAUGGGAAGGCAAACACUGCUCCUCACCCCCUUGUGCAGCGCUUUGGUCAAUUGCUUCAAGGACUAUUGACCCUGAGCAACGACAACCGAGAGGUAAGCAGUAUAUUGCCCUCUAAUCAAGCACGCGAAACAACGGCAACAAAGUCGGACGUGGAGCCAACCGGGCGCUCGCUGCAGCGACUGAGAAGCGAGGUUGAGAUGUUCCUAGCCAGGGCGUGCAAAGGUUUCAAUCCAGCCAAGCGGUCUAAAUUCUUAGACAACAAUUACAGCUUGAUCCUGACCAUAAUUGAGGACACCAAUGGAUCUCUUGCGACGGAGCAGAGGGAGUGGCUAGAAGAGAGGAGGACUCUACUUGGUGCGGACUGA